CCAUGCUAGAGGCUCGAAGGGAAUGUGGUGCAGAGUGGGAUUUGAAAAACUUUUGUGUUUGUUUACAGGAUCCUCUCAAUUUCAUUCCCCUUGAUGAGCUGAACCCUCCAUCCCAGAGGGGCAACAUCGAGGCAACUGAUGGUUUCCGAGUGCUAGAGGAAUCCACGAGGCACAAAUCCCCUCACAUCACAUCAUACACCAGGAUUAAGGGCAAUACUGAGAACCAGGCCCAGUCCACCACUGCUAAAUCCAGGGUGAAGGAUUUGCUCUCGCAAAAACGACAAACAGUUCGGGUGGAUGUAGUUCCUUCAAAACCCUCAGAGGACAUCAUCGACCUGGAUUCCUCGAUUGAAACCAAGCAUGUAAAUAACAACCAUGUGCAUCCACAGUUCCUUGACCUAAACCUGACAGAAGAGGACCUAUUACCUUCAGGGACAUUCAUCACGUCUGGAUCUGCCACUCAGGGCCAAGGCCUCACGGACUUCCUCAGCCAGAAAGGCCAGAAAAAACCAGAGGACCAUCAUAAUAGAUUGACACAGCAAAGCACAACAAGGAGUUCACCUAAACAUGGUGAUCUUAUCACAGGAUCCGAUGGCAAGAAGUAUCGAAUGUUGAGAGGCGCUCCGGGACCUGCUGGGAGUCCAGGGAAAAGAGGUUGUGCCGGGACCAGAGGAUACGUUGGAUUUAAGGGAGACAAGGGAUCUCGAGGAGAAAGAGGGCGAGAAGGUCCAAGGGGUAAUCCAGGACCUCCGGGACCGGCAGGAUUACCCUCACUCUACCUAUGGCGCAACACUCAGGAGGAAUGGGCUGCAUUCAUGAGAACUUCAUACUACCAUUUGCUAAUGGCAGGAUGGCCUAGAGAGACCGGGCCUCCUGGACCAGUGGGGGAAAUGGGAAGUCCAGGACCACCUGGGAUGCCAGGAGAUCCAGGAGAGAUGGGACCUCCAGGUCGACAAGGUGACAUGGUAAAUAAUCGCAUUCUCUCAUCUCCAUGUUCAUCCUGCUGGAACUAUUUAGUAUUUGCUAGGAUUGAACCAAGCUGUAUUUGGACGGCGACUCGGGGCCGAAGGGUGUGCGUGGCCGAGCAGGGACUUCAGGAAGAGACGGAGAUAAUGGGCUAG